AUUUAUAGCAGUAAUCAAAUAGUAGCAUAGACUGUAGAGCACUAUUUUUAAGCUAGUCUGAUAAGUAUUUAUUAUAAAGAUCAAAAGUUAAGAUCAAAUGUAGUGUUAUUUGUCUUAGAGCAGAAAGAAAGAAUUUUAGUUUUACUGAUAAGCAUUAGUAUGUUCUGUUGCAAUCAAAAUCUUAGUAUAAAAUGGUAAGAAAUUACCCAGCUACAGAUGAAAUAUAUAGCAGAUGUGGGACCGACUACUUUUUAUCGCACCCAGCCAUCUUAGUCUUCUACUGAGCAACCAUAAAAGAGUAAUUUAUAUCAUAGCAGUGACAUUACUUGGUUUGAAUUGAUUAGAAGGGUAAUUAUGGUAAAUACUGUAAAAGUCCCUGCUUGAAGCUGUGACCUGAUUUUUCCUCAUUCCUCUUUUGUAUUGUAGCCAGAUUAAAAAUGAUUGGUUUGCUGUGUUCUGUCAUACGAUUAACAUUUCCUUAUUAUUAAAGCUACACCUACACUUAGAGCAAGUUAUAGAUUUUAUGAUGAGGAUAUUCCUGCCAGUGAAGCUCUCAGGAUAACCAUAUACUUAAUCUAUCAUUCCCAACCUGUACUAACAUCGAGAUUUGUGGGAAUCACAAGCUAGAGCGAGAUGAACUCAAAUCUGAGCUGCAAAAAGAAAACAACUCAUGCAGCCCGCUGCGUGGCUCAAAAUCAGCAAAGCUGAUACUAUAAAAUCUUGGUAUUCCAUUUCCUAGGUCAGUACAUCUGCUGCUAGCUUAACCACUAGCUUCUGCUCAUUGGUAAACCAUUAAUUUUUAACUAGUCUGUAAGAAGUGCAAAAUCCUCACUCGAUAGGAAGAAUCGAGAACAAACGGCGCAGUGACGGCACCGGGUCUGCACCAGCUAACACUGCCUUCCUUUAGCAGUGCUAAGCACACGCUCUACUCUAACAUUAUCUUUUGACAUCUAGAAGCUGUCUGAAACAAUCCUAGAGCUGCAGGCAAUUUCUUCAGGAAGCUCUUGGAGGACAGAGGAGUUUUCUUCAGAAGACUGGGAAAGAGCAAACACGCUGCCUGUCUCUUAAGAAGGUGGAAAAGGAGAAGUUGGGAAAUGGUAGAUCACUGAGGGUGCCUUCAGUAUUUGGAAAAAUAUUUGUAUCACCCACUGAAGAAUCUGUUGCAAGCACCCAGAAGACAACUCAGCAGGGAGAAAUGACCAACAACAGCAUGGAAUGUGACUUUGAAGUCAUCGACAAGUUAGCAGACACCAUCCAGUAUGGUAUCUCCAUCCCCACCUUCAUUCUUGGCUUGCCUCUCAACGUCCUGGCCCUCUCCAUAUUCUGCCGCUUUUGGAGCAGACAGACCAAAACCUCAGUCUACAUGAUCAAUCUCGCACUUGCAGAUAUCCUGCUGCUUCUCUCACUCCCGCUUAAGCUGUACUACUCUACCAAAGCAGCACCUGGACUCCUGUGUGCCUUUAUCCAGUCUCUGUACUUUGUCAAUACCUACGGCAGUAUCUUCAUCAUUGUCUGCAUUACUGUUGACCGAUAUAUCUGCAUAAGGUACCCAUUUGAAGGUCGGGCUAACCAGUCCCCCAAGUGGGCAAUCUUGGUUUGCUGCUUCAUCUGGGCAGUAACUUGGUUUUGCAGCAGCCCGAUGUACGUGUUUCAAGAGAAAGAUGAAUUACUUUGUUUUCACAACAUGUCAAAACAGGCCUGGAGCAUUCCCUAUAUUGUUUCUGUGGAGGUCUUCGGAUUUCUGAUCCCACUCUCAGUGAUAGUUUUCUGCUCUGCCCAAAACAUCUGGAUUCUUCUGAAUCACAAAAACGGUGCUAAAAAGAAAGCAGAAGACAGAAGCUCCUUACUAGUAAUUAUCAUCAACCUUGUGGUGUUUUUGGUGUGUUUCACACCUGUCCACCUUGCAAUCUGCCUACAGUGCCUGGUGAGACAGCACGUGAUAGUGGACUGCAAUCUAAAACAAAAAAUCAGCCUCUUCAUUCAGGUGUCAAUGAUGGUUGCCAACCUGAACUGCUGUCUUGAUACCAUCUUCUAUUACUUCGCUGUAAGAGAAUUUCGUGAGAAAGCACGCCUGAAAAAAAUUAUUGAACUGUGUCCUGUCUUUAAGCCGUGUGCCACAUGAUUCCUGCUGUGGAAGAAUGCCUCUUCCCCAGCUGCCACUUGCCUUGCAAGGGGGACACUGACAGCAUUAUUCUAGACAUAGCAGUAAGGUCACCUUGGCCAUUGCAGGGAGGCUGCAGGACUGAGAAGGACAUCUUUUUUUUUUUUUUUUUUCCUCAUGAAUGUGAAUAUUUUUCUUCCCUUAAGAUGAAAGGAAGAAUUCUGGAAAAAAGAAACUGCAUUAGGAAAGUGACAGUGAUGCCCAAAGAAGCAUUUGCAUUGAUGCUACCUACUGAACGUGAAAGGUUUGCCACACGAAAACUACGCAGAUCACUGGAAUGCCCAUUAAAAUCAGCCUUUGUCACAGCUGUAACAGUUUUCCUUUUGCCAAUGUGAUCAGAAACUUUUUUUUUGCUAAAGACCAGACAAACACAGAAAUAACUAUUUAAAACCUUCUUGCUAGCUUAGAAGGUAACUAAGCGUUUAAAGGAAAGUAUCUGGCCAAAGUUCGGCUCUGCUCUUUCCUUCGGUAAACCUUACAGAAGGUCUCUGUCAGAACUCAUUUGCUUUGGACAGCUUGGCUGGCCUGCAGUAACACAGAGCCACCCCUCCUGUAAGCAUUAUACACCAGCUGGGGCUGUUACACAGGACAGCAGCCCCUGCUUUUCCACAAAGGACACCUUACCUGGUAUACAACAGUAACGAGCAACAAACAUCCCUGAUUCUCUUUGCUGAGGAAUCACAGAACAAAUAAUAAUAUUAAUUCUGGAAAAAAUCAGAAUGGUUUCUGCAAUUUUAAAUUUAAAGUUUCUCCUACCAUUUUAAAACUGGUUUUGCACAUGAAAAACAAAAGAAUCCCUUCACAUAGUGCAUUUAGUGAAAGGUUGUACAUGAACUGGAGGUGACCAUCACUGUAUUUCUGCCAAAGAUAUAACAAGAUACAUGUAUAAAAUUCUUCUGUCUUCUUUCUUGGAAAAGAGGAAUUAGGGAAGCAAGCACAGCAUUGUGGAAAUAUAGUUUGGAAGCACUCAUCUGAUGUACUCCUGGCUCACAGAUGAAAGACUGGAUCAGCUUUAUGCCACUCAUUCCUCGAGGAAGCCCUCCUAGCCUGUGCUUUGUAUUUCACAAAAUGUCUCUGGAUGUGCCUUGACCAUCCUCAGUCAGCCCUUCGCGUAUAUCACCACCCUUGGGCCAUUUGUAAGUUUGGCUCUAAGCUGAAACUAAAGGCUUCCUUCUUGCAAUUUAAGCCUGCCAUUUCUUGUGCCAUUAUAUUGCCAUGGCUCCUGCUCUUACCCAGAUGCACUUUCACAUCCAGAAACCCAUUUUUGUCUCUUUAUAAAACAGCUGUAAAAAUGUUUAAAAUUGCUUGAAACGAAGUCUUCAUUCCAGGGCAGAUGUUCACUUUAUUCAAAAUGUGAAAAGAAAGCAGCUUCUGUCUCACACAAGUUAAAAAGGCAUGGGUUUAGUUUUGAAAAUACAGUUUUCAGUCAAUUGAUUUAUUGAAUAAAUGACUGAUGAUGUAAGUGGACAGCUGUACACACCUAAUACUGGACGUAAUGUGGGAGUGUUUUAAAACCUGUUAAUACUAAACGUAUUAACACAGCUGAGGCAUGAAAUUUGAUGAGAAGCAUGGGGUUUUGACAUCAAUUUUGCCAUUAUCUGCAGAUGUGCAGGAGGAAGAGGUUUACAAAACAGUAGGUGUUCAAAACAUUAUUUGCUUCUGCCUCGGUCAUUCAGGAACUUGCAACCUUUUCAAUAUGAGUUAGCCUGUUUUGUAGCUUUCACAUUACUUUGCAUAUGAAAUGUGUGUGUUGGAAAGAACAUGUUCUACUAAAUAAACUGUAUACGUGCAGUAUAUGCUAUAAAAAUACAUUUUAAUUCCUCAGUCUGA